AACAGGGAUGAGGAUGGAGGCAGAAAUGAACAGAGCGCAGAGAGAUUCACAACAUUCUCGCGAUUGAUCAGGAAGCAGGUGCUGGACCUUCAUCCACAUCAGACUGAAAUCAGAGCAGAAAUGGAUGUGCGGCAGGACUCGAUGAGCUCCAGCAUCUGACCGAAAGAACUUCUGAUUCACGCGAAUCUAGUCUCGAGGUCAUCGAUCAUCAGUUUUUUCAUUCUAUUUGAAGCUCUGCGCGUUUCGCUGGAUCUUCGCCGAUUUUUUCGCCUUCAAAUCAGUGCGCCGGCUCAUCCUCUGCAGUUUGAAGCUGCACCGCACGAACGGAGGCUGAUCAUGAAUAUAAAACACAUCAGAUUCGUCAUAUAAUGGGGAUCGAGGACGCGAGCAUGAGGAACGGACGGGCUCUGUCCGGUCAGUGGGCCGACAGCGUGGUGGUCCGGCCCCGGACGACCGAGCAGCACAUCACGGUGAACAAGAGACUUGUGCUGGGCUUCGCCAUCUCCAUCCUCACCCUCAUCGUAGUCACGGCCAUCGCAAUCACGCUCAGCGUCAGCUUCGAGAGAUGCGCCGCGGAGAGCAGCGGGGGUCUGGCAGCGAACGGCUCCAGCAACAGUAAGUGGAAACAGUCCCGGGACGGAAACAUCAGUCACAGAGACUCAGAAGACGGCCAGCAGCCCUGGAGACAUCUGCGCUUACCGUCCACCCUGCGCCCCCGCCACUACGACCUCCGACUGUCCGUGUACAUGGAGAACUUCACCUUCUCCGGCGAGGUGAACAUUGAGUUUGAAUGCGUCCGCUCCACGAAGUUCAUCGUGCUGCACACGGACCGGCUGGAGGGGGAGAAACUGCUGGUGUAUUCGGACAGUAAGAAAGCGGGCGCCAUGAGGAUCCAGCGCCGCUUCCACUACCAGCCCAAGCAGGUGUAUGUGAUCGCGCUGCACAGAGAGAUGAAGCCCCUCAGAACUUACAAGAUCAACAUCACUUUUCACGCGCACAUUGAGCACGAGCUCCUGGGCUUCUUCCGCAGCUCGUACGUGCUGAAUGGAGAAAGAAGGUUUCUUGCAGUGACGCAGUUCUCACCGACUCACGCUAGAAAGGCCUUUCCGUGUUUCGACGAGCCCAUCUAUAAAGCCACAUUCAGAGUGAGUCUGAAACACGAGAGCUCGUAUCAGUCGCUGUCCAACAUGCCAGUGGAGGCCUCAACGUCUGACGAGGACGGAUGGGUGAACAACCAUUUCUCCAGGACGCCCCGCAUGUCGACGUACUAUCUUGCCUGGGCCGUGUGCCACUUCACCUACAGAGAAGCAGUUACAGACAAUGGAGUUGUGAUUCGGCUGUACGCCAGACCUGACGCCAUCCAGAGCGGAUCGGGGGACUACGCUCUGCACAUCACCAAGAGACUCCUGCAGUUUUACCAGGAUUACUUCAAAGUCAAAUAUUCCCUCCCUAAAUUAGAUCUCCUGGCAGUGCCAAAGCAUCCGUAUGCAGCCAUGGAGAACUGGGGCCUGAGUGUGUUUGUGGAGCAGAAGAUCUUGUUGGAUCCUGACGUCUCUUCCUUCUCCUAUCAGAUGGAGCUCACCAUGGUGGUGGUGCACGAGAUCUGCCAUCAGACACAGAUCAAACAAGCAGCUUUUUUUUCUUCUUUUGGCAAUGAAAUAAUGUUCCGUAAGGGUCUUAAAGCCCACAAAUGCAUCAUCAUCAUGAAUUGUAAAGAUCUCCUGGCAGUGCCAAAGCAUCCGUAUGCAGCCAUGGAGAACUGGGGCCUGAGUGUGUUUGUGGAGCAGAAGAUCUUGUUGGAUCCUGACGUCUCCUCCUUCUCCUAUCAGAUGGAGCUCACCAUGGUGGUGGUGCACGAGAUCUGCCAUCAGUGGUUUGGGGAUCUAGUCACACCAGUUUGGUGGGAGGACGUUUGGUUGAAGGAGGGAUUUGCGCAUUACUUCGAGUACAUCGGGGCUGAUUUCCUCUUUCCAAAGUGGAACAUGAUGGGAGAGGUGACAUUCUGCCCUCUGGUUAUGAAUACGAUGGGAGAGUGA